AUGCGCUGGCUUAUCCUAUUGCUGUCGCUCGGAUCUAAACUGCAUGCCCAUUUCGACGCCUCACAAUGCGGCAACCAUAAAACGUGCAUCUACGUGCCGGCUGGCUGUGAAAAGAACAAUGUAUGCAAGAACAUCUUCAGCUAUGCACCUGUUGCCGACGAUUACGUCGAUAUGGAGAUGUACAGCACGGACUACACGGCAGGCACGAAUUAUCUGGCCGUCGGCUUCUCCAAGGAUGAUCUAAUGGGCGAUGAUGCCGUCACUCAAUGUGUCUUUGACGAGAAUGGCAAGGCCGAAGCACACGUUUCUUACAAUUUCGGCAAAAGUAACCAGCCACCGCAGGAACCCGAAGAAAAGACUGCCGAAUCUUCUCAAGUUGAACUGGUCCACGCUGAAAAGGAUGACAACAGUCUAUAUUGUAGGAUUCGACAAAAGAUCAGCCCGGGUCCGAGCGCAUUCUUCCCCAACCUGGAUCAGGAUCACACCAUCUUCUUGGCAAGAGGCAAGGCGCGGAAGCCAGAAUUGCUCGGUGUCCACAAGCUUGACCCAACCUCCCCGGAUUUCCCACAUGUCUCCACCGAAAAGCAUAACAUCGGCAAACGGCAAACAGUGAAUACACAACCAAGCGCUUCCGCUGGGCCCUGGAUCACAAUGAGCGUCCGUAGUUGGCUUAUUCGAUUCCAUGGAAUCCUGAUGCUGUUCGCAUGGCUAUUUUUCAUCCCGCUCGCCGUAUUCGCAGCCAGAUUCUUCCGUGAUCAUUGGCCCGGCUCAGCUCCGAAUGGACUGAAAUGGUGGUUCCAUUUACAUCGCACGCUGAACCUGAUUGCUUGUCUAUUUGUGAUAAUUGCCGUUCUUUCAAUAUUUUUGGCCGAAGAUUGGCGAUGGACAGGGCCUGCGGUCGGCAGAUCUGACGAUGAGAAUUGGAAUGCCGGAGGAGUACACUCGUUGGUCGGCGCGAUGGCCGCCCUAGUUGCUAUCGUCAACCCGCUGAUGGCACUGAUGAGAUGCGCUCCAGACACAGGAGCAAGGCCGAUUUUCAAUUGGACGCAUCGUAUCCUAGGCAUCUUCGGAUUCCUCUGCGCCAUGAUCGCCAUUUUCAUUGCGACAAACUGGUUCUUUGCACGCUGGUGGAGCCACUCACUAGCUUUUUUGCUAUUCCUAGUCUUUUUGGUGCUUCUUAUAAUCUCAACCCUGAUAUUUGAGAUCUUGGACUGGAUGAAAACCAGAACGCAACAUAAGGUGCACCAGAUGGAGAUGCGGGGGCGAGGCAGAUACGACGACAACGGACGAAUUGUUACAUAUACAAAAGUGCUGCAUGAGAGGCCGAUGCACGGCACAACAGUCAUUUGGAACCUCUUCGGACUUGCUGCCCUUGCAAUCGUGAUCACACUUUCCAUUUUCCUCAUACUAUCGCCCAAA